CUUCAACUUCGCUGGGUGGACCCCGCAUUGGGCCCUAUGGCUGACGAACCCUGCUGCCGGAUCUCUAAGAAAGUCCAGAUCUGUCUUGCAUUCGGGCUCCUGGUGGCUGUCGCCGUGGUGGGAGUCCUGAUGUGGCUCCACCUGUACAAGUGGAACGGGCAAGGGACCACAGAGCACUUUGCUGACAUCAUCCUGGGGCGAUGCUCCAACUACACUCGAAUCGUGCAGCCCGCGCUGAGAAAUGUAGACUGCCAAAAGAUACAGGAAGCAUUCAAAGACGCAUUUAUUUCAAAGAAUCCUUGUAACAUUACAGAGGAAGACUAUCGGCCACUAAUGAAAUUGACAACUCAGACUAUACCUUGCAGCAAGACUAUCCUUUGGAGCAAAACAAAAGAGAUGGCCCAUCAGUACACGCGGGUCCACCGGGAUAUGUUCACCCUGGAGGACACACUGCUGGGCUACAUGGCUGAUGGCCUCAUGUGGUGUGGAGACUCUGGCACUUCUGAAAUGAACUACCGAUCUUGCCCACACUGGAAGAAAGACUGCCCCAACAAUCCGGUUUCGGUAUUCUGGAAAAUGGCUUCCCACAGGUUUGCAGAUGCUGCCUGUGGUGUGGUCUAUGUCAUACUCAAUGGCUCCCUCAGUAACACCUUUGACGAAAACAGCACUUUUGGAAGUGUGGAAAUCAUUAAUUUGCAUCCAGAAAAGGUUCAGGCACUACAUGCCUGGGUGAUACAUGAUGUCGGAGGAGUUCCCAGUGACUCAUGCAUGACUUCCUCCAUAAAUAAGCUGAAAUCGAUUACAAGCCAAAGGAAAAUUGCAUUUAGGUGCCAGCAUAAUACAGGCCUGCCCCAUUCAUUAAGGAUGUGACGAAUCCUGAGUGUUCACCUUGCAGCUCUAUGAUCCGAGCCAACUGUCAUGGUUGU